AUGAAUGUGGAAGGAAAUCGGACAUUGAUUACUGAUUUUAUCUUGGCUGGGUUUACAACAGACCCACUUCUACGCAUAAUCUUCUUUGUGCUGUUUUUGGUCUCCUACACCAUAACACUGGUUGGGAAUCUGGGCCUUCUGGGACUGAUCUACCUGGACGUCCGCUUGCACACACCCAUGUACUUCUUUGUGGGCAGCCUUUCCUUCCUGGAUGUCUGGUACUCUUCAGUCUACACUCCUCGGAUAUUGUCUGACUGUGUGUCCAUGAACAACCACAUGACCCUUGCUGGUUGUGCAGCCCAGUUCUUCUUCUCUGCUGGCUUGGCCUACACUGAAUGCUUCCUAUUGGCCUUCAUGGCCUAUGACCGCUUUGUGGCCAUCUGCAACCCACUCCUUUAUGCCACUGCCAUGCCCAAGAAGCUCUGUGUCCAGCUGGUGGUAGGAGCCUAUGCUGCUGGCUUUGCCAAUGCUAUUGCCCACACUAGUAAUACCUUCCGCCUACGCUUUUGUGGGAACAAUGUCAUCAACCACUACUUUUGUGAUGUGGCACCCCUUGUGAAGAUGGCCUGUGAUGACAUAGGGAUCUAUGAUCUCAUUGUGUCUUCUAUGAUGGGUUGCAGUCUGCUGGCAACUACAGCUGUCAUCCUGAGAUCAUAUAUUGCUAUUGUGGCAACCAUAGUCCGCAUCCGUUCAGCCGCAGGGAGACGCAAAGCCUUCUUCACUUGCUCAGCUCACCUUGUCUCGGUCACCCUCUUCUACGGCUCCAUUCUCAUCAUGUACUCCAGGCCCAACUCUCAACACACUCCAAGUUCAGACAAGGCAAAUGCCUUGUUCUAUACAGUAGUCAACCCUCUGGUCAAUCCUUUCAUUUACAGUUUACGCAACAAAGAUGUGAAGGCAGCGUUCAAAAAGGUCUGGGGCAGAUUCAUAUCAUCCACAUGAAUG